AACAUAAAAAUUAACGUAAAAUAAAUUGAAGACUAAAAAAAUUGAAUAAGAUAGUUAGAAAAAAGGAAACAGUGUUUGUGAAGUUUAUUUUUUAUCGAAAUUUCUUAUCUACAAGAAUAUACAAUUGUUCAUAUAUAAACACACCUUACGUGGCGUAAUAUAUGUGAAAAAAUUGUGAGGGCCAAAGUUCCGUUCACUAUAAACAGAAUCGUUUCAUAAUUGGUGAUACAUAAAUACCAAAGAUUAUAAAAAUAGCAUGCCAAAUCAAAUAUGGAUGUUCAGAAGCGGCCUGAUCCUCUUCUGUUUAGCCGCCACCCAAUGGCUGGCACUUGGAAGUCCUGUAAAAGAAAGAAUGAAGAGAGAAGCGGAAAUAGCAAAUACAAACUGGACGAGCCUUGCUGACGAGUGGUUACUUGCUAAAGAAAGAAUUGCCCGCAGAAUGGGCGUUCCGCUUCUACCUAACAACAGCGUUGUACGCGAAUUUCACAGCAUUCAAGUCGUCGUUAACGGAACACCUCCCGAACAGAUGUCAAGACUGAAUUAUUCGAGAACACUUUGGGAUCUGGAGUCUUCGCAAAAAAGUGGCCAUCUAUCUGGUUUCGUCGACAAGGCACUGAAGCUCCUGGAUCUUCGCAAAGUCAUGAUGGAGGUGGAGACCUCGGUGAUGUCAAAGGUCUCUUGUACUGCCUGCAAGGUCGGCGCUGGCCUCCUGCAGCACUACAUCAAAAGCGGAAAAACUGACGAGGAGAUCAUGGCCAGCAUUUACCAGUUUUGCGUUUCUCUCAAAAUUCAAAGCUCCAGAGUCUGCCAAGGCGUCACGCUGCUGUUCGGAGGGGAAGUGAUCUACGUUCUGAAGCAGAUCAGCUUAGGCCCCUCCCAGAUAUGCAGUUUUGUGAUUGGGGACGCUUGCGACGACGCAUACAACCCUCAACACGAAUGGGAAGUGGCUUUUCCCCCGGUGAACAAGCCGCCAAUCCAGCCACCGAUUCCUCCGAAGGAAGGGGCGCCGACUUUCAAAGUUCUUCACAUAUCGGACACUCAUUACGACCCAUAUUACCAGGAGGGUGCAAAUGCUGACUGCAACGAGCCCUUGUGCUGUCGUCUGACCAAUGGAGCACCUCUUACGGCUUCGGGAGCCGCAGGAAGAUGGGGCGAUUACAGGAAAUGCGAUACCCCUAAGAGGACUGUGGAUCACAUGCUGAAACACAUCACGGAAACUCACUCGGACAUAGACUAUAUAUUGUGGACGGGUGACUUGCCGCCUCACGAUGUAUGGAACCAAACAAGGGAAGAAAACCUGCAAAUUCUACGUGACACUGUGACGCAAAUGGUCGAAAUGUUUCCUGGAGUGCCGAUAUUCCCUGCGCUUGGUAAUCAUGAAAGUGCUCCAGUUAACAGUUUUCCCCCGCCAUUCGUUCCGGAAGAAAACAGCAUAUCAUGGCUGUACGACGAGCUGGAUAAGGAAUGGAGAAGAUGGCUGCCAGCUGGAGUAUCGCACACGGUUCGUCGCGGAGCAUUUUACUCUGUGUUGGUCAGGCCGGGUUUCAGGAUUCUAUCGGUCAACAUGAACUAUUGCAACAACAAGAAUUGGUGGCUGUUGAUAAACAGCACGGACCCAGUCAGCGAACUCCAAUGGCUGAUCUACGAACUCCAAGGGGCGGAAAUGAACGGAGAAAAGGUUCACAUCAUCGGCCACAUUCCGCCGGGACAUUCCGACUGCCUUAAAGUCUGGUCUAGGAAUUAUUACCACAUCAUUAAUCGUUACGAAUCAACGAUCACGGCUCAAUUUUUCGGCCAUACUCACUACGACGAGUUUCAACUAUUCUACGACACGACGGAUCUCGGUAGAGCUUUAGGAAUAGCUUACGUCGGGCCGUCUGUCUCCCCAUACAUCGAUCUCAAUCCGGGGUACCGGAUAUACUACGUUGACGGGGAUCACGCUAAAACUACCAGGAUGGUAGUCGAGCACGAGUCCUGGGUAAUGAACUUGAAGGAAGCAAAUCUUUACGACUACCCAAUUUGGCAAAAAAUGUACUCAGCUAGACAAGCGUACCAAAUGGCAUCCCUGUUGCCUCGAGACUGGGACUCUCUGAUAGACAAAAUGACGAAUGAACCGUCGCUCUUCGACCUUUACUACAAACAUUAUUACAAAAAUUCACCGGUGAGGCCGGCCUGCAACGACGAAUGCCGCAAAAGGCUGCUGUGCGAUUUGCGAAGCGGUAGAAGCCACGACAGAAAAGCACUCUGCCAGAGCUUAGAGUCGAGAAUAGACGGAGAAACGAAAACGGGAUGGCGAGCCUGGAUCUAUAAUGGCUUAGCUUUGUCGAUGUCUGUCGUCAUGGCGAUUCCAAGAUUCGCAUACAAUUUACCAAAGUAUGUAUUGGGUCUGGGAUAAAAUCACCAGAAGUAUCUGCAAAAGAGAUAAAUUGCAAUACAUCCUGCAUCGAGGUAAUUUAUUGAAAGAGGUUGUUCGAUUGUUUGACGUUGCAAAUUCUUUUUGCUC